AGUACAUUACCCUGGCAAGAUUUUGAACGCGUGGAGUGAAACGUCAGCCACGUACUUGAAGUUUGGAUCACGAAACGUAACAUUUCACUUCUGUUGUUCUGUUGGUGCUCUUAAUAUAAUAAACCUUCAUUUUAUUCUUCUCAUAAGAUAAAAUGAUUGCUAAAUUAUUGUCGGUGUUUCUGCUCCUGGCUGCGGCUUUCGCAGCGGAGGAAGAGCCAGCGGUCGCGAGAUUAUUAAUAUCUAAACAAGUGUUAAACAAAUAUUUAGUUGAAAACAUGGACAUUUUAAUAAAGUACACAUUAUUCAACGUGGGUACAGCCCCAGCUGUGGAUGUAAAACUUGUAGAUAAUGGAUUCCAUCCCGAAGUUUUUGCAGUGGUCGGAGGACAGCUCUCAGCUCACAUAGACAGGAUACCACCCCAAACUAAUGUCUCACACGUCGUUACUGUAAGAUCCAACAGAUAUGGCUACUUCAACUUCACAGCAGCAGAAGUAACAUACAAACCCAGUGAGGAUUCUGCUGAGGUUCAAUACUCAAUCAGUAGUGCCCCCGGUGAAGGCACAAUCGUAGCCUUCAAGGACUAUGACCGCAAGUUCUCAUCUCACAUCCUGGACUGGGCGGCCUUUGCUGUUAUGACACUCCCAUCACUGGCUAUCCCCUUCGGACUUUGGUAUUCAUCUAAGAGCAAAUACGAGAAACUCUCGAAACCUAAAAAGACUCACUAGGUAGUUUAAGUUAGUUCAUGUCAUUGCUAAUAGCGUUUAAUAUUAAAUUAAUAUACAUAUUAAUAUAUAUGUUAUGUGUGAAAAUCAAAUACAGUUCAUUUAUAAAAAAUAUACCAUGAUUUUGUUUAAUUUAAACUUUAUUAGCAAUGAUAUCCCUAGUAUAUGUUCAUCCAUCAUUAAUUUGUUAAUAAUUUAUAUGAACAAUAAAAAAUAUUUCUAAUUUA